ACUAGGCGCGGCGCCCACAGGCGGACGGCUGGCGCUGAGCGCGGGCGCGGGGCCGCUACGUGCGCGGGGUGCGCGGGGAGCGCGGGGCUGCGCUCGUGUGCGCUCGCCGCCGCCGCUGCCGCCGCGCGCCUUUGAGUCAGCAAACUCCGCGGCCCGCAAUCCCGGCUCGGCUCGGCCCGGCCCUGCUCUGUUCUGCCCGGAGGAGCCGCCCACGGAGUCUCGCUCUGUCACCCAGGCUGGAGUGCAAAGGUGUGAUCGCAGCUCACUGCAACCUCUGCCUCCUGAGUUCAAGCGGUUCUUGUGCCUCAGCCUCCAGAGUAGCUGGGAUUACAGAUUGAUCGUGUCCUGUGCUGAAGAUGUUUCCGGAACAACAGAAAGAGGAAUUUGUAAGUGUCUGGGUUCGAGAUCCUAGGAUUCAGAAGGAGGACUUCUGGCAUUCUUACAUUGACUAUGAGAUAUGUAUUCAUACUAAUAGCAUGUGUUUUACAAUGAAAACAUCCUGUGUACGAAGAAGAUAUAGAGAAUUCGUGUGGCUGAGGCAGAGACUCCAAAGUAAUGCGUUGCUGGUACAACUGCCGGAACUUCCAUCUAAAAACCUGUUUUUCAACAUGAACAAUCGCCAGCACGUGGAUCAGCGUCGCCAGGGUCUGGAAGAUUUCCUCAGAAAAGUCCUACAGAAUGCACUUUUGCUUUCAGAUAGCAGCCUUCACCUCUUCUUACAGAGCCAUCUGAAUUCAGAAGACAUUGAGGCGUGUGUUUCUGGGCAGACUAAGUACUCUGUGGAAGAAGCAAUUCACAAGUUUGCCUUAAUGAAUAGACGUUUCCCUGAAGAAGAUGAAGAAGGAAAAAAAGAAAAUGAUAUAGAUUAUGAUUCAGAAAGUUCAUCCUCUGGGCUUGGACACAGUAGUGAUGACAGCAGUUCACAUGGAUGUAAAGUAAAUACAGCUCCGCAGGAAUCCUGAAAAAUAAUUCUAAUGUUACUAUCUUAGGAAUAGCAAAUUAUGUCCAGUCAUAGAGAAGAAAGCUUCAUAAUAAUACAUUCUUACCUAAAGCUCACUGUCAUGAUGUUAGGUAUUUAAAUUCUUAAAGAUGUUGGGUUGUUUAUUAGUGGUAUUUUUAUGUUGUCUUAUUUUAGGUAAGCUUCUGUGUAAAGCUAAAAAUCCUAUGAAUGCAAUACUAUCCUUUACAGGCAGACAUUAUUGGUAAACAAGAUCUUGCCCUCCAAUGAAAUGACUUACAUGUUUUAAAAAACCUAGUUGGUUUUAUUGAAUUUAAAAAGAUAGGUAACUAAGUAGCAUUUAAAAUCAAGAUAGAGCAUUCCUUCUUGUAUCAGUGGGGCAGUGUUACCGUAAACACGGUGUAUAUGUUGUUAAACCCUAUGAAGAGUAACAGUGUAGACCAGACUGCCUCUCUCAGAUACGUGGCUGAUAUUUUGUGGAUACCUCCCCUGCACUGGCAAAACACUAUGCUUUUGGGUGUUAGACUGAAAUAUUUUAAGAGUAUUUAACCUUUCCAGUAUUCUGUUUCACGCUUAGAUGGAAAUGUAUCUUAUGAAUAGAGACAUAUUAAAAUAAUGUUUACAUCUUAGAAAAAACAUAGAUAGUGCUAGUAAUAUUACUUAUAAUUGCAAUAUAUAGAUUCAGAAAUACAUUUUCAUUGUCCAAAAUCAGCUUCAACAAAUGGUUUCUGGAGACAAAUAAUUUGUUUUCAUUAUCAUUGUAUAAUCAGGUUAAUGAUGUAUUUUUUGACUAAAUGUGCAAUUUCUUAUCACUAGAUAACUUUCAGUAUCAGUGGUGGUUACUUAUUACUUAAAUCAGAGGAAGGAUUUUAUAAAGAUUAAUAAAUUUAAUUUUACCAAUAAAUAGUCCCAUAAUUUAGAAAAGGAUGUCGACUUGCUAAUUUCAGAAAUAAUUAUUCAUUUUUAAAAAGCCCCUUCUUUUAAAGCAUCUACUUGAAGAUUGGUAUAAUUUUCAUAAAAUGUCUUUUUUUUAGUGUCCCAAAGAUAUCUUAGAUAAACUAUUUUGAAGUUCAGAUUUCAGAUGAGGCAACAUUUUCUUGAGAUAAUUACCCAAGUUUCAUCCAUGUUGAAUGGUACAAAAUAUUUCUGUGAAACUAACAGGAAGAUAUUUUCAGAUAACUAGGAUAACUUGUUGCUUUGUUACCCAGCCUAAUUGAAGAGUGGCAGAGGCUACAACAAAAAGCAACCUUUUCAUUUUCACUAAGAGUUUAAAAGCUAUUGUAUUAUUAAAAAGUCUUUACAAUGCUUGUUUCAAAGAACCAACAGAAAAAAAAGCUAAGAAAACUAAGAACUAACAUUAAAAAAAUUAAAUUUAGAAUAAGAAUGAUUUCUUUAAUUUGUCCUUUUUUUCUUUGGUCUAAAACAUUAUUAAAUUUUUGUAAAUAUUUUGAUUUAAUGUGUCUUAGAUCCUCAUUAUUUUAAUACAGGAAGAGAAAAGAUUUAGUAAUUUCUUACCAUGCUAAUAUGUAAAGUUCAUGCCAUCCAGGCAUUUAAGAGUGAUCCUCAUCCCUUCAGCAAUAUGUAUUUGAGUUCACACUAUUUCUGUUUUACAGCAGUUUUGAAAAACACAUACUAUGCCACCAAUUGUCAUAUUAUUUUUAGAUGAUGUAACAUAGCCAUCAAAAUUAAUAUUAAGUAAUGCCUAAUACUUAGUAUGUAAAUGUCAUGAGAUCAUUUUUACAUUAAACGUGAAAAAAAAUCAA